UCUUUGCAAGGGUUAUAUCUACUCUGCGCAUCGCUGUUUUCCUUCUCUCUUGGUGAGAAGAAAUGCGUGCAUCUUCAGCAAGGAGGAGGGGUGCUACAAGGAGCCCCGCCCCCUGCUGGAGAGGGCGGGUCCAGGCCGGGGGCGGGUCCUCACCAGCCGCGCCUCCCGUCGCCUUGACGACCGCGACAAGAUGGCGACCCUGCCGGGAGGGAUUCAAGGGCUGUACCCCGAGGCGCUGAGCCCCGAGCAGCUGGAGAAGCUGCGCGGCUUCAAGAUUCAGACUCGGAUUACUAAUGAAAAGUACCUAAGGACCCACAAAGAAGUGGAGUGGCUCAUAAGUGGUUUCUUCAGAGAAAUGUUUUUGAAAAGACCAGACAACAUUCAAGAAUUUGCUGCAGGGUCAUCUGGAAGCGAGAGAGCCCUGUCGCCAUCACUGUGGGUUUCCGGGCUGUGUCUGCUGUUGCAAAGGCUUUUAAAGAUGCUCAUUAAAAACAGACCUCCCUGUUCUCUCUGCUAUAUUUCACUUAGAAGGAAGAAGACAUCCUUCAUGGGAGGCUGCUCUGCCCCUACUCUGACCGGCAUCACUUAUAAGGAACAGGAGGACUUGACACUCCGACCCCGUUGCUGCCUUCAGUGCUCCGAGUCCCUAGUAGGCCUUCAGGGGGGCAGAAGCAGCGAGCAGGGUGAUCAAGACCAGCUUAAAGAAUUACAUUCGGCUGGGAACCUGACGGUUCUGGCUACUGACCCCCUGCUUCACCAGGACCCGGUGCAGUUAGACUUCCACUUCCGCCUCACCCCCCAGACCUCUGCCCAUUGGCACGGCCUUCUUUGUGACCACAGACUCUUCCUAGAUAUCCCAUACCGGGCCUUGGAUCAAGGCAGCCGGGAAAGUUUGACUGCAACACUGGAGUAUGUGGAGGAGAAGACCAAUGUGGAUUCUGUGCUUGUAAACUUCCAGAACAACCGCAAUGACAGAGGUGCCCUGCUACGGGCCUUCAGCUACAUGGGCUUUGAAGUGGUCAGACCAGAUCACCCGGCCCUUCCUCCCUGGAACAAUGUCAUCUUUAUGGUGUAUCCCCUUGAAAGGGACCUAAGCCACCUGCCCAGUGAACCUCCCUGA